CGCGCGGCGCGGCGCCAUGUCCACCUCCAGGCUCUUCACCCUCGUGCUGGUGGUGCAGCCGCCCCGCGUCCUUCUGGGCAUGAAGAAACGCGGGUUCGGGGCCGGGCUCUGGAACGGCUUUGGAGGAAAAGUGCAGCCGGGAGAGAGCAUCGAGGAUGCUGCGCGCAGGGAGCUCCUGGAAGAGAGCGGGCUGACUGUGGACACCUUGCAGAAGAUGGGUCAGAUCACUUUUGAAUUUAUAGGCAACUCUGAACUGAUGGAAGUUCACAUUUUCCGAGCGGAUCAGUUUCAUGGAGAGCCAAAGGAAAGCGACGAAAUGCAGCCUCAGUGGUUUCAACUGGAUGAGGUGCCGUUCAAACAAAUGUGGCCAGAUGAUGUCUUUUGGUUCCCAUUGGUGCUUCAGAGAAAGUUGUUUCGUGGCUACUUUAAGUUCCAAGGACAAGACACCAUUGUGGAACACACCCUGAAAGAAGUGGAGGAAGUUUAAGAGGAAGGCAGAAGCAUUCAUUCCACGUGCUGCUGCCCACAUUGGGCUGGGACACCACAAGUGCUUCCAGGGGGCUCCUUUCUCAGCUCCCCCGCAAGAAGAGGCUGACUGCCAGCUCACAGGGAAGUAAAGAAAAUAAGGGGAUUUCUUAGAGCAGAAAUAAACAUAGUAAGAAUUUCCAUGCUGUGAAGUCCCUAUGAUAUGCCUGGGUAGUUACUUGAUUACAACUCUCAAGAAACGGAGGGCUAACAGGAAGUUCUCAGGUUGUUAAUAUAUUUGGGUUUUCCAUCAUGGCUAGAAACAUUUUUAGAAAAUCAAAGUGUUUUGGUUUUUUUUUUCCCCAGAAAAAGCAUGUGUUGUCCCAUUGUAAACAGCUGCCAGGUUUCUGGAUGGUUGAUGGGCUUCUCUGCAGACUGCUUCCUUCUAUAGAAAUGUUUGCUGUCUCUCUCAGGCUAAUAGCAAAAGCUAUUGAGCAUCUUCUCUGUAUCAGCUUUUAUGCAGUUCCAUAUUCAGCAUUAUUUCCCAGGAGAAAGCAAGGCUUGGUAAGUGCUGUGAGAGCCCUUGGAAAAGCUCUGGUAGAGCUCCCUUCCAGAUUCUCCAGCUCAGAUUUGCAUAAAUUUGUACAAGUCAAGAAAACAACUUCUGCUAGAGCUGUCCUGUUUGAGCUCUGCCUUCAGUGUGCAGUUCCUGCUGUCAGCUUGGAUAUACAGACAGGUAGAAACACACUGAACAAAAUCCCACCUCUCAGCAACUCCAUGCUACAAAGUGCAGUGCACCCAUGCUUGCAGGCUCUGCCACGUGCCUGCAGCCUGUGAGCUGACAGCUCUCAGAUCAGCCCAACUCAGCAUGGUGGACAGUGAAAUACACAUAGCACUCUGCUGGAAAUAUCACAUAUGGAACUUUAUAGGUCUUUUGUUUUCUUUAAACAUUUUUACAAACACACGUAACAGAAUCGUGGAAUGUCAUAUAGAAUCUGUAAACAUUUCCAGUCUACCAGCUGUAGUAAUAGGUCUUUAAUUCCUGCAUUUGGAUAAAGUGCUUCAUACAUAAGGCUAUUUGAGCAAAGCAAAGAUACAGGAUAUUCCAGGCAGGCAGAUUCAUACCCUCUGAACAAGAUUGUUUCUUCUCCUCUCCUCCCUGCAAUUCUGAAUCACUCACAUCACACAAAAAAUGUCCUGCUUCAUCUGCUCCAUAAGCCACAGCUCAGACUUAAAGGAUAGGAGUUAUAUUUUUUUCUUUCUUUUUUUUUUUUUUGUGCUGCACAAUGACUAUUUACAAAGCUUUUGAUACUCACCUGUGUUUCUGACACAGCUGUAUGAGUUUCUGGCUGUUCUAGUUCAGAGAAUGGCUUGAGGCAAGGAAGGGAGAGAAAGUGAGCACAAAGAGGUGAGGUUGUUAGUAAUGUAGAGGUUGUUAAUAAAAUAGGGAUGUAAAGCCUUACUGCAUGGUAGGAAAGGGAGUGACUGGCAGCUGAUACCUCUUGUGUUAUCCCAAUUUAUUUCCUGGUGGAAACUGUAAAUCAAGAGCGAACAAAUUACAUUCUCUUGCUCUGGGAACGUGGAUAAGAAAAGAACAAGCACAGCUCAGGCCUGCACUUGCAUUUAUUAUGCAAUCAGUUCAAUCCUUUUAUGAAGAUGCUUUCACCAGCACUGAGUUUUUGCUCAUAAGUAGUGACUAUUGCUUGUGCUGCAGGUGUGGAGACUGCUUACAUCCCCAGCUAGUAGUUUGUCUUUUAGGAGCAGCAGAAAGUGGAGACCAUGAAUUAGUCUGUAAAAAUGCCAGGAACUGCACCCCUGUGUGAUCAGAGUAGAAGAGUAAAAGCACAGGAAUGCAGCAAGGCACUGUUGGAAACGUUACAAAGAGCAGCUUUCAAAGAAGGGGGAAAGAGGAAAAGAAGCAAAGAUCAAGGUUGUAUUGUAACUGUAGUCAUUUGGAAAGCUUUUCAACAUGCAGUGUUGGUCAAAAAGCCUGAAUAGCGCCAGUCACAGCUUAGAGCAGGGGUGACCUUAAGAGUGACAAAAACACAUAGCCCUUCUGGUAAGACAUUUUUCCAGGUCCCCAUUGUUUGCCACCCUGAUACCUCUAUGAUAUUUGAGACACAGACAGAAAGACUGGAGGCCUUUUCUAUCACUGUUAUUUUAAACAUGAGAGUCUCUGUAAGCUCCAGCACUGCACAGAAAGCUUCCACUGGAGAAGGCACAUUAACUCUUUGGUGCAACAUCUUACAGGAGCAGCAGUACUGCAAUAGGCAGCACAUGCUCUUCAGUUAGCCUCAUCGUUUGCUCAGUGCUCAUUGCAAUCUACCCAGCUACAGCAAUGGAACCAACAACUGAAGUCCUCUUCUCACCUUUGCAGACAGUCACAGUUUGCUGCAACAACAGCACACAGGCAACUCGUUCUGUCCCCUGUCCAUUGGAACUGGGGUAGAUAGAGAACUGAAGACAACUCAGUUGAUUCCCUGCUGCAUUCCUCUGGAGCAAGGACCUGGCUGCAGGUCUGACACAUCUCUCAGCAGGACCAAAACAGUAAAGACAUCCCUCAGCUACUGAAGUAAAUGUGAUACUGCUGUUGGUACGCUGGUCAGCCUCCCACACUGAAGGUUUGAAAAUGAAUGGCUGUAUGAAACUCUGGACAGGAGCUUGAUGGUUCGGUAUGAAACGAACUCAGAGUGCCAUCAGCUGUAUCAGCUUUGAGGAUACCAGCCUUUUGUUUUCAAAAUAUAAGAUGAAUGAAAUAAAAACAAAAGAAAAGCAAAACAAGAAAAUCCCACCCCAAAACCGCUGUCCUCAAAGAGGCAACAGCUGACAACGUAAUAACAAGUGUUUUCUCAAGUAACAUAAUUCCAGUUUCUUUAGAGGCUGUGUGGUCUGUGCAUAUGUAUAGCAGUCUGUACAUCUGAACUAGAGAAUUCUUGCUUGGAAGAACAGCAAAUUCCAUUCUUUUUGUGGGCUCUUUUGUUUUUAAAAUCUGAAAUUAUACUUUUCAGUGAGGGGGAAGAAAAAGAAAUGUUUCACUGCAGAGAACUUGCCAAGUACAAGCUCACAGAGCACACCCCAGUCAGACCAGAUCUUCCACUGGAACAUACAGCAUUUUCUCAAUUUGUCUGCUCACCACUUCAACAAUCAAAGCUCAGUAAAGGAGGAUGGGUACUAAGACAAAACAAGUCACUGUCUAUAACCAGCCAGCAACUUGUAAAGGCAAUAGGACGAAGAGCACUGAAGAAUAUGGUUAAAGGUUUUUCACACUUACUGUGUUCCCAGUCAAGACAAGGUCAAGCAAGGGAGGGGGGAAAAGAACCCAAACAAACCAAUCCUACACCCCCCUUUUGUGACGUUCUUGAGAUGAUGCCUUAUUUGCUAUUUUACUGUAGAAACAUUUCCCUCCCCAACCAGUUUUGCUCUGGUUUGCAAACAAUCUCUUCUACAUCACUUUGGAAAUCUUCAGGAAAGACCUGUCACAGCCAUUUCAGUUAGUGGACCAGGGCAGUGCAUAGGAGGGACGACUCAGAAGAGAGUUAACAUCUGAAUUGCUAUAAAAAGCUCUUGAAAGUGUAUUCUGAACAAGGUUGUUAAACAAGCACCCUACAGACUCCUGAAGGCCCAGCGCCCCUAAACUUCACCCACAGAAAGAGGGGGAAAUGGGGAUAUGAAACUGGGCAAAUAGCUUAUUAUGUUGCUCUUGAAUCUAACUUGUAAUUUCCACCUGGCUGAGGAAGAUCUCUUGUUGCAUUUAAUUUUCUAAA